AUGUUUCUCCGUAGAGCUGUGAUUGCUUUUGGUGGCUCUGCGUUUGCAGUUUUUGCUGCUGUGGGAAAGAGUGGUGAUGAUUCUGGUUUUCUAUGUCCACCUAUAAUCCCUGGGCGCUGGGAUUGGAACUGGGAUUGGUAAGUGUAGUGCUGUAGACACCUGCUUUGAAUAACACAGCAGGAAUUAAUAGGAUUUUUAUAUCUUUUACUCAGCUGGGGAGUUCCUCUGGAGUCUGGUUUCCAGGAGCUGAUCAUAUCAUAGAUGUGACUGUCAGGGUGGGGAGCGAAGAGACUUUAUCGUAGGACGGUUUGCCUGGUUUAUGAUUGAUACAAAUUGUGAUCCAUUUCACAUUAAAGAAACGGUUCCCAACAGUCCUCCAGUACCCCCUUAACCGUUCAGGAUUUAGGGAUUACCCAGUUGUGUCUAAGGAGUUUUUUAGAAAACACUUUACACGCAAUAGGGUAAUCCUACAUCCUGGACUGGUAGGGGGUACUUGAGGACUGGGUUGGGAACCCCUGCAUUAAAGGAACACUCAAGCAUUGUAACCAUUAGCAUGUGCUGUAGUGAUUAUGGUACCCUCAAUUUGUAAGCAGUCAAACAAGACUGGUUUGACUUUCAUGUGGUCUGUUGGGUGCUGUUUACCACCUUCACUACUUCUGUUGGCGGUCAUGAGCUCAUCCCUGCAUGGACAGAUUUUCAGCUCUGCUGGAAACCGUGAUCAGCAUCUGGUGGACCCCUGGUAAUCAUUCAAACUGUUCUAAAAUGUCUGACUACUUACAAUGGGUUGGUGUCUGGGCACUCCUGAUACCAUAACAAAUACAACAUGCACUUCCUUCAACUGUUCCAGGGAUAACUGUAGGUUAUUUAACCUAAGAUUACUUUUUAAAUUUUCCUUUUAGUAACCUACUCCGAAUUGGAGUCUUUAAAACCAGCAUUGCAAUGUGAUUGCUCAGCAUCCUAUAUUGGGGUUUUGUAACAUUGAAAUAACGGGAUAAUUUCUGUUAAGUGCAAAAUUUAAAUAGAAAUGGCCUAGUCAAGCUGGAAACAAAGUUUCUGUUCUCUUGUUUUUUGCACAUUGUAUUGGUGACUGUGCCCUGUCUGCACCACGUUUCAGAAUGACCCACACCUAUCGUCUAAAGCUGGUCAUUACUAGUUUUCUUAGUACCAUGUAUUUAAAUCUCCGCUUAAUUAGGUUCUUCAAAUGUAGCUUUCUGAUGCAAUAGUGAAGCAUACAACUCGGAAUCGGGUGGGGAGGAAACAAAGGCCUUAGAAUAAAAAAUGCAGUAACACAAAUCUACUUUAUUUAAAAAAUAUAUAUAUAUAUAUAUUUUUUUUUUUUUUUUUUCUAUGGAUAAAACUGGGAUUUGGGGUCUUCCUUUACCACUUAUUGAACAUGGAGUGACUUUAUCUUUCCUAAAGCCGUGAACCAAUGUCUCUAAUAAACUUGAAACAUCUGGAAGGAUGUACAGAGAAGGAGCGUGAGUGUAAGCUGCAGGAAUGUAAGUCUACUGCUGUCCGGCACAUCUUCCUGAUCCGACAUGGAAAGUACGACCAUGCUGAUUCUGAGUCUGAAAGGAGACUGACUGCCACAGGUGAGACUUGCAGUUUUGCAUAGGACUGGAUUUACAUGUUUGGUGAAUGCAGGGUUGGGAUAAAUGGGGGGGGGGAGGUGUGUUAAUAUUAGAGGUGUGAGGUGCCCCGAAAGCAGUCCACAUGCAAUCUCCUUGAUAAACAUGCAGGACAUAAGCAUUAAUAUGCACAUUUUAUAUUUUAGUCAGCUAUUUCAAGAGUAAGUGUGUGGCGGAACCAGCCUCGCCACUGGGCAUUGGAGAAGACUGAUUGCCGGCCUCCUGCCCUGUGACUAUGGCCCCAUGUUGAAAGGAUGGAUUUUCCCCUGCAAAGACCCAAAAGCUGGGUCUUUCGGUACUUUCCCUAUGUGAGCAGUGUUACCCAGAUAGCUAUGCCAUGGAGCCGAUUUGUAUAAUGAAAGACUUUGGCUCCAUGGCAAUUGAACUAUAUGUGUGUGCUCUGCGUGCCAUUCAGUAAUAAUGUGCGCUCAGAUCUGAGCUAUCUGGGGAUAUGUUGAAUGUACCUGUUUUGUGCAAUGGCUGCAGUUAUGUUUUUGUGUUUUAUUGUCUUUUGCUGCCAUGUGGCUAAUGGAGUUUUUCCUCUGUCCUGGAGAUAAUUGGAUUACGUCCCCAAUUAUCUCCAGGAUAGACUCUGUGGAACUGGUUUUGGGCAGAAAAGCCAUGCUGCAUUUGGUCAAAUAGGACUUUUCCUUAACUCUUGAACCACUGGACCAAUAUGUAUAAUUUUUGACAAAUGUUUGUAUUUGGAGUAUGCUGAUUCUGAAAAUGUAAGUUUUAUGUGAAUGUGAUGCAUACUUUUCAAGUUAUGAAUAAUGUGGAAAAACUGUUUCUCUGGCUGUGAUAAUUAGAGUAAUCAUAUCACAGCCAGAGGGGAGGAUUUUGUGUGGAAAUGUCUUUCUGUAAUGUACGUGUUAUUGGUUAUGUAAAACCCGGUGGGCAGUACUAAGUUUGUGGAUUGGGACUAAGAGGCUGUAUGUGCCAGUACAGUCAGUUCCUGCUUAACCCUCAAAGUGAAGUGUCGUCUCAUUAUUGGGGGAGGAUUUAUUGUAUGCUGUUCCAGUUUUACUGCUAGGAGUAUAAACCUAUUCGCAUGGUUUUUCCUAUUCGGCUGUAUACAACAUUCAUAUACGAGAGAAGGUAUACGCUUGUUCGGUGAUUGUGGUGUCGGCCAGAGUGCUUGGAGUCCUCAGGAAACGCUAGGAGCAUCUUUUAACGGAGGUACCCAGUCGGGGUGCCAGGUGAUGUGUUACUGCUAUUAGGCUUAAUCGGGGCACCGACUGCAAAUCUUUGAGUUAGGUCGGUAAUGCGUCAACAGUGGUAUGGUUGCAACGAUAGUUAUGGUGAUUACAUAAUGCAAACAAACUGGGUUGUUUCUGUCAAUUUAGCAGUCACGUUCUGUCGGGCUGUCAAAUUAUCCAGUAGCUACUGCUGCAGGAAUGUGCCAUAUAAUAGGUUAGUACAAUACUGUAUCAUCCCCUGGGGUGCCCCAGGAUGAAGUCCGUCUCUGGACAGGUCGGCAGAACGUUGCUCGUAUUUCCGGUAACUUGUCAUGGUGUGCCAUGUCAGGUCUCCCGAUCAGGGUGUCAGGGGUGCGCUGCGUUUUUUAUCGAGUAUGCGAUGCCUCGUUUGGGCUGUGCAGCGGCCCGCCAUGGGUGCCCGUGUGGUGGCAGUUUGAUGCGAUGGCCAUCUGGGCAUGAUGGAGUUGUUGAGGUGGGUCAUUGAGCCGGGGUAUGGCUGCUCUCAGAAUGGAGGGUGUUCUAGGUGUAACAGCUUUUGGUUUCAGGGGCAUUCUCGACGCCGCCUUUCUGGGCUGCUUCAGGGCUGUUGGUCGCUGCUGUGCGGCGGGGUGUGCAGCUUGAGGCAGGUGUCGUUGGUGUCCUCUGCCGCAGCCUGAGCUCCACUCUGAGCCAGAGGAUUUGUUCCAGGCUGAUCAGUGAGCCCUGCCGUGUUGCAUGGCAGCCGUCCGGCCGCAUGGUCUCCGCUCCACUUCCCCUUCGUUGCUGCCCUGUCGGGGAGGACCGGUAUCUCCCCCACCAGUCUCGGUUGCGGGUAACCCGCUUGUAGCAGUCGGGCCACUCCAGGCUGGGAGCUCGGCCGCCGCUCCUAUCAGUGCACUCCAGGCCUCAUGCCCUCGCGGGUAUUGUCUGUCGUCCGGUUUACCAUGGGGGCUGAUAGCCAGUAAGUUGUUUGGGGUCAUUUGCUGCCGCUUAUAGUGGAUUGAGGGUGCCUUUAGAUCCAUGUUUGCACAAAUCUGUAGGGAGCUUCAGUCAGGCACAUCUUCCCUCCAUGACAGUCAGGCCCCACCCCUACAAUUCUAACAGUCUGUUUCAACUCCAAAGCUCUCUGCUUCCCGGUAUUUCUGCUGCUUCUCAAAGCUUGGAAACCAGAAGACUCUUGCCUUGUCAAUCAGUGACAAGCUGAUGUACUUGGCUGAUCAGUGACUCCCAUUCAUAUAACUAGAUUGAAAGCUAGCGAUUCCCCAAUCAGUGGUGUUGGCCUAUUCUGAAAGCCUUCGGGGGAGGAGGAACAUAUACUAGUAUAGUGUUAAAGCAUUUUAAACAUCUUAUGUUUGACUCCUUACAUGGAGGGGGUGGGGCAUUCUAGGCACCAGAACAGCUGUAGUGGUUAUGGUACUUGCUAGUUCCUUUAACAAGCUACAUGCUGUCUUUCUCUUUCUACAGGGCGUGAACAGGCCAGCCUAACAGGACAGCGUCUGGCACUUCUUGCAAGUGAAGGGAAUAACUUUAGCUGCAUUAUUUAUUCUUCAUUGACCAGAUCCACAGAAACUGCUGAUAUCAUCAGUAAGAAUUUACCAGGUGAGCCAUGUGUACAGGGGAAGGAAAGGUUUUACUGGACCCUCUAUUGCACAUGUGGGAUUAGGCUGCUGCAUGUAGACCUCUGAAAUCCCAAUUCUUGCUGUCUAUGCAUAUUGUGAAUAACUGCAGGAUAACCGUUAUUGAGCUGUUUUGUUGGUGGUUUGGCUUUAAAUUUUUUUAUUUUAUAUAGGUAUUAAAAUGUGCAGCUCCAGUCUGCUUCACGAAGGACCUCCAAUCCGACCAGUUCCUGCGGAAUCCAAGUGGAUACCAGAGCUUUCUGUAAGCUAGAUCUAGUGGUGACUCAAUUUAAAGUUUCUGGUGUGCAUUCUGUUUCUGCUUUUUACCCUGGUCGUUGUCUCCAUCUUAGUAUUUUAAAGAUGGCCCACGCAUUGAGGCUGCAUUCAGGAAGUACAUCCACCGUGCAGAUCCAGAACAAACAAAAGACAGUUAUGAAAUAAUAGUCUGCCAUGAUAAUGUGAUCCGCUACUUUGUAUGCAGGUAAAAUUAUCAUUCUAAAUCAUCUGUGGUCACCACCGGUAUCUUCCAGGCCCUCUAUUCCUAACCUGCAUUUUUAUUUUUUCUUUAAACACUCUUAUUUAACAAAGUAAAUAUUUGAUGGAGUACACUAAACCCAGAACAACUAUACAAAAUUGAAAUGAGAAUCCAGUAUUGUAAAAUUGUGGGCAAUUUUUACUAUAAUGAACUGUGCUGCUUAUUAAACAUGUUUUCAUCCAAAUGUUAUCAAAUCUUGUGGUAACUGGAUGGCAUGUACUAAUUUAUCUGCCUUUACAGCAGGCUUCCCUAAACGCUGGCCCUCCAGAUGUUGCUGAACUACAACUCCCAUGCAGUGGCGUACACAUGACCCAUGGGGCCCCGGUGCGAAAAUUCAUCGGUGGGACCCCCCGUGCUUACUCGGCGCGGGUCAGGGCCGCAACACGUGGCGGCGGGCACCGGGUUGCAGGGCUGCGACCCCGCAACUGCAGUAUGCACACACACUUAAAGGACCACUACAGACACCCAGAUCACAUCAGCUCAAUGAAAUGGUCUUGGUGCGAGGUCCCUCUAGUUUUAACCCUGCAGCUGAAAACAUAGCCGUUUCAGAGAAACGGCUAUGUUUCACUGACGGUUAAUCCAGCCUCUGGUGGCUGUCUCAUUGACCGCUGCUAGAGGAGCUUCCGCGAUUCUCACUGUGAAAAGACCCUGAACAUCCAUAGGAAAGCACUGAGUAAUGCUUUCCUAUGGGCGGUUUAAAUGCGUGCGCGCGCCUCUUGCCGCGCAUGUGCAUUCAGAGCUGAGAGGCAGAGGGAUCCCCAGCGCCAAGGGAGUCUGACGCUGGAGAAAGGUAAAUGCUGAAGACACACACACACACACACACACACACGCAUAAACACAAGCUAACAUACACUUUCACUGGCAAACACACUGGGGUCCAGUGGUGGUGCUGCUGGGCGGGCGGGCUGCCGGCGUGCGAGGGAGCACUCUCCCUUGUGUGCUCCCUCUUCAGCUACCUCGCGCGCCACAUAGGGAUGCCGGCACCAGAAGAUGACGUCAUCUUCCGGCUCCGGCAUCAGUGUGGUGCGCGAGGGAGCACACAGGGGAGAGUGCUCCCUUGCGCGCCGGCCACCCAGACAGCCCGCCCGCUGGGGUCAGCAGGGCCAGCCUUGGGGGGGGGCCCUGAGGUGGCCGCCUCCUGGGCCCACCAGGAGAAGAGGCUGGCCCUGUGGGUACAUGCCGGGCCCGGUCGCAGCCGCGACCCUGGUAUGUACGCCACUGCUCCCAUGAUUCUCAGACCAUUUAAUAGUCAUAAGAGUUGAUGUCAAGGCCGGACUGGGGAUACAAAACUGCCCUGUAAAAAAAUGUAUGCCAGCCCCAUAAAUCAUUGCACCAUGUAAUAUGUAAAGCUAUGUCUUGCCACCCCAGAUGAUUGAAUUAUAAAAUAUAUAUUUCUAAUAUCAAAUAUUGGUCCUUGCAGACAAACAAGCUCAUUGAUACAGCCUCAUAAACAAAUGAUCUCAUUAACAUAAAAACAGAAGCUCCUUCACUAGAAGGCACGCACGCACACAAAGCUUUAUUGUAGUGGUACUGGUGUCUGUAGACUGUCCCUGCAGGCUUUCUAAUGUAAAAACUGACCUUUCAGAGAAAAGGCAGUGUUUGCAUUGCUUCAAAGUGACCGUCACUCAGACGGUCACUAGAGGUGCUUCCUGUGUUUCUACAUUAAGGGCCUCCAUGCUCUAGAGAUACUGAAAAUUCCCCAUAGAGAUACAUUGAUUCAAUGCAUAUCUAUGAGGAGAUGAUGAUGAUGAUGAUGAUGAUGAUUGGUGCCGCUUUUUGCAGCUAAUCCUCUGGCAAAGCAUUGGAUUGGCUGAGAUCAUCAAGCUUGAUCCCAGCCAUAGAGGCAGGGCCAGUGGAGGGGAGACCAGCACGGCGUGGGGGGAAAAAAGUGAGUAAAAAACACUAUUGACAGACACACUCACACUGACACACAUUACUGACACACAUUGCCCGGCCCCAGGUGCUGAUGGUUAGUUCGGCCCUGGUUGUAGUUCAGCAACAUCUGGAGGGCCAGAGUUUGGGGAAUCCGGCUUUACAGCAUUAAAAAUAACCUCUCUAUUGUACAAUCUUGUCUUAUGCUUUCCAUGUACUGACCAAAUGUAUAUCUUCAUCUACAGGGCACUACAACUCCCACCUGAAGCUUGGCUCCGGAUGUCUCUCUAUCAUGGUAGUAUUACAAAGCUGGUGAUAAAACCUGAUGGUGAUGUGUCACUGAAGAUGCUUGGUGAUGCUGGCUUUAUGCCCCCGAGGAAACUCACAGGAGCUUAG